AUGCUUGCGAAAAAAAGAUUGGAUGAAUGGGCCCCACAGAUUGAGGAGAUUUUGUCUGAUGCAAAACAUGAAAUCAGACAAAGAUUUGGAGAAAAACUUUACCAGAAGAAAGGACGCCAAGGAAGUGACUUUAAAAAAAGUUACCACCGGAUGAGAUAUUUCAACAUCGAAGACAAUCCCGUAGGGUGGGAAUUUUUAUUUGGAUACCAAGGAAAGUUCAAGCAUUCUCUUCGGGAGUGGAGACAUGAGAUAAAGAAGAAAUGCUUUGAUUGUUUCACUCACAACUGGGAGAGGAUAUACAAGCGAGAUAAGAGGGUUGAGCCUGAGCACUUAGCUGCACUUAUAAUAUUGUGGGGCCAAGAGGAGCACCAGGAAAAAUGUAGGAGAAAUAAACUUAAUCGAUGGAAAAAAGAUUAUGAUCAUCAUACGGGGACUACUUCAUUUGCCCAGAUUGAGGAUCAAUUUUGUAGGACAACGAACGCUCCCUUUAUCCCACUACCAGAACUGCACAGGAGAACGAUGGUUCAAUUUAAGAAGGGGUACGAUGACGAUGAGACUAAGAAACAAAAGCUAGAAUUGGCCAAGAAAAUGCAGGUUAACUAA